GUAGAUUUACUUUUAAGAAAAAACUCCCUCUUCCUUGGUCCCUAGAGAUUUGGGUGCUAAGAAAAAUCUGUUCUCUCAUUCAGGUUGUAAGCAGCCCUCCCCAGCAAAAGCACUGUUGAGUUCUAAUAAUGCACAGAGAAACAUCUAGCUUAGCAAUAGAGGUUGCCAAAUGCUAUUCCCAGUGAUGUAUGAGAGACUGGAGGAAAGGGUCCGCACAGAAAUUGAUCAAUUUUUGGAGAGCUAGUUAGCAGGUAGGUCAUAGAACUUCCCAGUGGCAUCAUCAGUAAGCCCUUCACUGGACAAUCUAUUGUAUCUAAGAGAUCCCUAGAAUCUUCUGUGAUGUCACCAGUGUUGUGGUGACACCAACUGCCUUUGGGAUAUUCCUUCAGUUCCCUUUGGGUUCACAAACAGGCAUGUUUCGCCAGCCGCUCAGGCUAUUUCAGAAGGAAAGUGUUGAUCAAGGAGAGACCACACCAAGGCUGAAGGAAGAUGACCUCCUCUCAUCUUCCUUGGAAGGAAGGAAAUCAUUCUGGGGAAGGCUUGGUUUUGGUAGGAAGGCAUCAUCCCAAAAUGUCAUCAGUAAGCAAGAGGAGUGUUUAAAGGAACUGGAGGAACUUAAAUUUGAAAUCCAGAAGUGUCAAUUUGAGAGGGAUGAAUUUUAUCAAAUCCUGGACCUUUAUAUCUAUGAUAAUUGGGACCACAGGCUGGAUGUCGAAUUGCCAAUACUUCAAUCCGAACAUGAGAUGAGAAUGAUGGCUAUGCAAAUGAUGACCAGUUCAAUAAGUGAGGCCAUGGAGAGGUACAAGGAGCUCAUACAAGUGAACAGUUCCUACCGCAUCAGGCACUCCCAGGUUCUGCGUGAACAAACUCAAUUGAAGAACAAUAUACAGAUUUUGCUGAAUGAGAAGAGCGAACUGCUGGUGGAGAAGACUGAACGGCCAGCAUCCUGUGUGGAGGCAAAGAGGCUCUGUGAAGAGGCCGGAAUGAACAUCUGUGUCCCCAGUGCAAAGGAACAGCAGGUCUGAAAUUCUCCAGGAGAAACUCGAACAAGACACAAACCAGGGCAAGAUCUCCCUUGGAGAGAAGUGCUACAGGAGGAGAACUAAGUGUGCACAGCAAAUACACCACUAUUGCAUCUCAUCUGUAAUGUCCAUAGCAAUUGUGAACUGCAUUUUCCUCCUUUAGUUUUAUUUCUUUGGAUUGAAUAGGCCGUACUUUCACCUCCCCACCCUCCAGCAAGUGUAAACUUUUGGAGGGACUCAGAGAAGUGCUGAUGCACAUCAAUCAAGAGGUGCUGGUCAUCCAGAAAGACUGUGCACGUGUAAAUGUGUACUUGUCCUGGUGGGUCAUCCAGAAGAGUUUCAUGGAGAUCAGUUCACAACAUUGGAAAGACUUUGAGAUAAAGUCUGUAAUAUCAUUUCUACUCAGUAUUGGAUGGCUUUGUCCUUAAUACCCCCACUCCAACAAAACAGACCUACUUCCACUCCUCUUGAAAAGAUUAUUACCAUCAGUAACUGCUUGUCUACUGUGUCUCCAAGGAAAGACACAGGCUAUAAAUCUAUUCUGCAGAAGGAGCAGCAAAAAAUGCUUAGCGCAAUUCCUCUAUUUAAAGUGUGCCUGAGUUUUGAUUAUUUUGGUUAUUUGGUUUUCCUCCUAUUCAUUUGAAGUUUUGUUAUUUAUGUGUUGUUGUUUUGUUCAUUUGGUUUUCUAUUUUGAUAAGGAUAUAGACUGUAUAUAUUGACAACCUGCAUCUGGUUACUAUCAUGUAAAUUGGAUGUAUCCUGGUGAAAAAAAGAGUAAUCUCAAACUCUUCACUCUUAAGAACCUUCUUUAUUGAUCAUUAGUGUCAACAUCUGAAGUCCCACAGCUAUCAGGGAGGGAUGGAUCUCUGCAUUCUCAUGGGGACUGGGCAUCAAAAUCACUUCCCAGUCAGACUGAGAUUCAAAGGCAAUUAUACAGUCACUGUUCACUGUGUUCCAAACUCUGUGAAUUUCAACUUCAUAUUGCAUAUAUUACCCACUGUAUAUGCUUACUGUCAAAUAUAUAGUUACCUCUAAAUUAUACUCUGUGGAUGAGAGUGUUGAACAAAUUAAUGGGAUAAACAUUAAUUUCUCUGUAAUAUCUCCCAGGACAUAUAAACGUGGCAUAAGGGAGUUUAAACCAAUCAGGAAGCCUGCACCCAAAUCCCGUGGUGGAGAGUGCUGAACACCCAGGAAUGCAGAUACUCCUGAUGCCACAGGACAGAAAGCCACUUCUGCCCAACUUUGCCCACAUCUCUUGCCCAAUAUUAAUCUGCAUGAUGCCUCUGGAAACAGGAAUAUAGGAGCAGUCAGUGGCAGGAACCUGCUUGGUUCAGCCUGGGUCCAGAACCAACCCAGGCCCUGAGCAUAUUUGAAGAAAACCAGAGGCAUACAAUUCUGUUUCCUGAUUGUGGCUUUUUUUAAUUUGAAGUUCUAAACACCAUUUUGUUGUUGUUGAAUUUUAAUUGGAUAUUUUUCAUUUUGAAUUCAAAUGUUAUUCCUUCCUUGUUUUCCAGAAAUAAGUCUGAAUACCAUCGCCCUCCCCCUCUUCUAUAAAGGUGUUCCCUUCACCAUCCAUCUCUUUCCCAGCCUAGGCAGGACCAAGGGCUGCUCAUUCCAUUUGUGCCCAAGAGGACCAUCCUCUGAUACACAUGCAGGUGGAGCCAUGGCACAGUCCCUGUAUAGUGAUUGGGUAGUGGUUUAGUCUCUGGGAACUUUGCUUGGCAGUCAUGGUUGUUCUUAUGAGGUUGUUAGUCCCUUCAGCUCUUCCAAUCUUUCUGUAAUUCCUCCAACUGAGGUCCAGUUCUCAGUUCAAUGGUUUGCUGCUAGCAUUCUCCACUGUAUUUGACAUGCUCUGGCUGUGCCUCUCAGGAGAAAUCUAUAUCCAGUUCCUGUCAGCCUGCACCUCUUAGCUUCAUCCACCUUAUCUAGUUUGAAGGCUGUAUGUGUAUAGGUCACUCGUGGGGUAGACUCUGAAUGGCCAUUCCUCCAGGCUCUGUUGUAAACUUUGUCUCCCUAUCCCUUCAAUAAGGAUUCUUCUUCUCUUUUAAAGGAAGAAGUGAAGCAUCUACAUUUUGGUCAUCCUUCCUGAAUUUGAUUUGGUCUGUGAAUCUUGGGGAAUUCCAGCAUUUGGGCUAAUAUCCACUUAUCAAUGAGUGCAUACCAUGUGUGUGUUUCUGUGAUUGGGUUAACUCACUCAGGAUGAUAUGUUUUAGUUCAUUCUAUUUGCCUAUGAAAUUCAUGAAGUCAUUGUUUUUGAUAUCGCUGUAGUACUCCAUUGUGUAGAUGUACCACAAUUUCUGUUUCCAUUCCUCUGUUGAAGGGCAUCUGGGAUCUUUUCAUUUUCUGACUAUUAUAAAUAAGGCUGCUAUGAACAUGGUGGAGCAUGUGCCCUCUUGUAUGUUGGAGUAUCUUGUGGGAAUAUGUGCAAGACAGGUAUAGCUGGGUCGUCAGCUAGUGAAAUGUCUAAUUUUCUGAGGAACCUCCAGACUGAUAUCCAGAAUGGUUGUACCAGUCUGCAAUCUCACCAACAAUGGAGGAGUGUUCCUCUUUCUCAUAUCCAUGCAAGCAUCUUCUGUUGCCUGAGUAUUUGAUCUUAGGCAUUCAGACUGGUGUGAGGUGGAAUCUCAGGGUUGUUUUGAUUUGCAUUUCCCUUAUAACUAACGAUGUUGAACAUUUCUUUUGGUGCAUCUCAGCCACUCCAUAUUCCUCAGCUGUGAAUUCUUUGUUUAGCUCUGAACUGCAAUUUUUAUUAGGGUUAUUAGUCUCCCUACAGUCCAACUUCAUGAGUUCUUUGUAUAUUUUGGAUAUUAGCCCUCUAUCAGUUGUAGGAUUAGUAAAGGUCUUUUCCCAAUCUGUUUGUUGCUGUUUAGUCUUAACCACAUGUCCUUGGCCUUACAGAAGCUUUGUACCUUUAUGAGGUCCCAUCUGUCUACUCUUGAUCGUAGAGCAUAAGCCAUUCAUGUUUUGUUCAGGAAAUUUUUUCCAGUGCCCUUGUGUUCAAGAUUCUUCCCCACUUUUGCUUCUCUUCGUUUGAGUGUAUCUGGUUUGAUGUAGAGGUCCUUGAUCCACCUGGACUUAAGCUUUGUCCAGGGCAAUAAGCAGGGUAUGAUUUGGACUAAUCCAUAUGCUGACCUCCAGUGGAACUGGCACCAUUUGCUGAAAAAGUAUAUUUUUUCCACUGGAUGGUUUUGUCUCCUUUGUCAAAAAUCAAGUGAUCAUAGAUAGGUGUGUGGGUUCAUUUCUGUGUCUGCAAUUGUAUUCCACUGGUAUAUCUUCCUGUCUCUGUACCAAUACCAUACAGUUUUUAUCACCAAUGCUCUGUAACUGCUUGAGUUCAGGGAUGGUGAUUCCCAGGGAAGUUCUUUAUUGUUGGGGAUAGUUUUAGGGAUCCUGUGUUCUUUUGUUAUUCCAAGUGAAUUUGCAAAUUGUUCUGUCUAACCCUAUGAAGAAUUGGAUUGGAAUUUUGAUGGGGAUUGCAUUGAAUCUGUAGGUCACUUUGGGUAAAAUGGCCAUUUUUCUAUCUUCAUCCUGACAAGCCAUGAGCAUGGAAGAUCUUUCCAUUUUCUGAGAUCUUCUUCAAUUUCUUUCUUCAGAUCAUGAAGUUCUUAUCACACAGAUCUUUCACUUGUUUGAUAAAAGUCACACUGUGGUAUUUUUAUAUUAUUUGGGACUGUUAUGAAAGGUGUCAUUUCCCUAAUUUCUUUCUCAGCUUGUUUAUCUUUUGUGUAGAGGAAGGCUACUGAUUUGUUUGAGUUAAUAUUAUACCCAGGCACUUGCUGAAGUUGUUUAUCAGGCUUAGGAGUUCUCUGGUGUAACUUUUGGGGUGAAUCAAGUGUACUCUUCUGUCGUCCGCAAUAGUGAUAUUUUGACAUCUUCCUUUCCAAUCUGUAUCCCUUUGACCUCCUCUUGUUGUCUGCUUGCUCUGGCUAAUGCUGGGGACAACAUACAAUGACGGGGACUGCAGGCAGUAGGCCGGGAUGGAGACAUCUCAGAAGCCUGCAGCAGCUCCUUGUAAAGUAGGGUGGCUUCUUGGAACCCUGAGAAGCAGGAGACACAUCUCUCAAUGAACCCACCAUCUGAAAUAAGAGGCUGCCUGCCGCAGUCCGGGAUGGAGACAUCUCAGUAGCCCACAGUAGCUCUUUUUAAAAACUGGUUGUUUCCAUUUCUCCAAACCUUAUCCCUGGACAAGGGCUGUAUAGAUUUCAUUUGUGUGUGACUGCCUAUCAGGUGGCCUUGGUGUGCACAAUUAUUCUAUUAUGUCUGACUUUCCUACGUCUUUCUACUUCUGCUCUGGUGAAUUCUGUGAAACUAGAUGUUCCUUGAGAUUAUGAUUCUUAGACAAUUGGAAAUUGAUGCAUAGGGGCACAGCACAGCAUAUCCCUAGCGGCCCAGGUGCAUAUUGUGUAUUCUCAUCUUGGAAAAUAUGUAAUAACUGCACAAUUGAAGUUCCAGAUUAAGGUUUGACUUGCAAAGACAGCUUGAAGAAAAUAAGAGAAAAUGAAUUAGAGCCAACAAUCGGGCGCUAGGAAAGGAAAAGGUUAUUGAAGUUAGGAAAUAAGUCUUAUAUAAUAUUACAGACUAGUUAAGGAAAUAUAGAAUAUAUAAAAUUAUAUACUAGUAAACUAAGUCAAACUACUGGAACUCUUAUGAGAGUCAUUGUGUGCAAGGAACAGAAAGCUAAUGGAAUUACUGUGCUAAGGGUUACCUUGAUUCUUUCUGGCCACUGCCUGGCAGUUUUGCCCAUGUCAUUUAUCAUUAGAGAGUCUCAGGAAAAUGCAAUUAGCUGACCUCGGAGCUUUGGACUCUGAAGUAUAAAAGUAAA